AUGCCCCAUUCUGUGUCUUCCAAUGACUCCCCCAAGCGGGACAGUGAGGAUGAAAUUCUUCCGGAUGCUCCUCCAGAGUCAGGGGGAGCCAAUGGAACAGAAACCGACAAGGCCGUCGUGAAACUCGAGGACCUGUUUAACGAUGACGACGACGAUGAUGAGUUUCCAGCUUCAAGCGCCGCGGAUUCUAAGACCGCAAGCUCUCCACCUGCGGCUGCGCUCCCAUCAGCGCCCCCGACUUCAGGCGUCGAUACGGAUACGAUGCUAGCCUUUUACCAACGGCUGUUUCCCUUCCGAUAUAUCUUUCAAUGGCUCAAUCACGGCAUUGUGCCUUCUCCCGACUUUGGCAAUCGCGAGUUCGCUCUCACUCUGCAGAAUGACGCUUACCUCCGAUAUCAGUCAUACCCAACGGCAGACCUGUUUCGGAAAGAUAUUUUGAAGAUGAACCCUUCCCGAUUCGAAAUUGGUCCGGUCUACAGUACUAAUCCGCGAGAUCGCAAGACGCUGCGGGGUGGCCAAAUGAAACCUGUAUCGAAGGAGCUUGUCUUUGAUAUAGACCUGACGGACUACGAUGACAUCCGUACCUGUUGUGAGAAAGCAAACAUCUGCGCCAAAUGUUGGGCGUUUGUCACGGUGGCGAUCAAGGUGGUCGAUACUGCGCUGCGAGAGGACUUUGGUUUCGAGCACAUCAUGUGGGUCUAUUCUGGUCGGCGUGGUGCGCACGCCUGGGUUUGUGACCAGCGAGCGCGUCAACUCCCCGAUGACCGACGAAGAGCAAUCGCAAGUUAUCUCGACAUAGUCCGCGGUGGAGACAAGAGCGGUAAGCGGGUGAACCUGAAACGCCCACUGCACCCGCAUGUUUCCCGCAGCAUUGAGAUCCUGAAACCAUAUUUUGCGCAAACGACGUUGGUAGACCAAGACACGUUUGCGUCUUCGGAGCAAGCAGAGCGCCUUCUCUCUUUGCUACCGGACAAGACGCUUGUCGAGGCGUUACGGAAGAAGUGGGAAUCGGCGCCGGAGCGCUCCAGUACAAGUAAAUGGACCGACAUCGACGCCCUCGCAAAGACGGUGAAAGGCUUGAAUCCUACGGCGCUGAGGGAUGCGAAGCUCGACAUUGUCCUCGAAUAUACGUAUCCUCGGCUUGACGCCGAAGUGAGCAAGAAGAUGAUACAUCUUCUCAAGUGCCCGUUCGUGGUGCACCCGGGCACGGGUCGCGUAUGUGUUCCGAUUGAUGGGCGGAAUCCCGAAAAAUUCGACCCGCUCUCGGUACCGACGGUGACGGAACUGCUGUCUGAAAUUGAUGAAUGGGAUGCCAAACAUCCCGGCGGAAUUCCGGCCUCGGAUGACGUCGAGGCCAGUGCAGGUACCGACACCGAUGCCAAGGGAGGGCGGAAGCUGCAGGACUACGAGAAGACGCGGCUGAAGCCUCACAUCGACUACUUCCGCUCCUUCAUUGCUGGACUCAUCAAAGACGAACGGUCCAGCAAGAGGGAGCGGGGUGAAGAGGGGACUACGACUGAUGCAAUGGAAUUUUGA